CCGACACUUUUUGUCCAGUCUACAACCCUCGUCGCCGCACCCUUCAUUCUUCCGCCUCCUUCGCACCUCGGUACUUCUUUCUUCCGACCGUACAGAUAUCGCCAAGGCGACAGCGAGAUGAACCAACAAAUGCAAAACUAUCGGCAGUAUGCCCAGGCGCAAGCCAGGCCGCCGACAACCAGUCGAAGACCAGGCCAUAUCCCUCCUCAGCACGCCGCACAACAACAAGCCCAGGCUCAAAUGCUCAACCAGCAAAUGCAACAGCGAAAUGCUGCAAUCGAACACCAAAAUGCCCAGCGCCGGGCGCGAAAGCCUACCGAUCUGAACCCUCCCGACGGAAUCGAAGACAUUGUGAUCGGCGAUGGUGCAAAACAAUACAAUGCGUUGCGAGAGGGAGAGAAGCGAUUGGACUCACUCAUGGCACGAAAGAGACUGGAGUAUCAGGACAAUCUGAGCAGGAACAACAAGCGCUACAAGACCCUGCGCAUUCAGAUUUCCAAUACCGUGGCCGAUCAACACUGGCAAGACAGCUUUGAGGGCGACAGUUUCACUUUCGAAGAUCUCCGUGCACCUACCUACAAGGUCAAGGUUCAGGGCAGAUUACUCGAAUAUGCCGAAGACGAUCUCAUGUACAGCAGCGACGAGGAGGAUGAAGUCAUGGAAGAAGCCAAGCCUAAGGCACCAAAGAAGAAAACUCUCACCGAGCCAUCGAAGCCAUUCAGUUCUUUCUUCAAGGAAAUGAACGUAGAAUUCGAAGGAGCGACAGCCAACUUUUCAGAUCCCAACACCACUGUCACUUGGAAGAAAGGCCAGAAUAACAGCAGCACCGAUCUUGACAGUUUCGUUUUCCAGCGCAAAGCCGAUGAAAACACCAACAUCACCAUCUGUCUUACCCGCGACGAACAACCCGAGCGAUUUCGCCUGAGUAGAGCUCUGGCCGACACCUUGGACAUGGAAGAAGCAGAUCGUGCUGAGGUAGUCAUGGGAUUGUGGGAGUACAUCAAGCUCAUGGGUCUUCAAGAGGACAACGAACGACGAAGCAUCCGUUGCGACGACAAUCUCCGCCAAAUUUUUGGUCUGGAAACCAUCUUCUUCCCACAAGUCCCUGAACGAAUCAUCGCACAUCUCCACCCUCUUCCACCGAUCCGCCUGCCAUACACUAUCCGCGUCGACCAGGACUUCCACAAAGACCCCCAGCCGACAGUUUACGACGUCCAAGUGCAAGUCGAAGAUCCGCUGCGCGCCCUCAUCCUCAAAAUGACCAGCAGCCCUGAAAACCAGGCUACCUUGCGCCAGAUCCAGAAGAUCGAUGAGGAACUUGCGGUUCUCAUCCAGAAGAUGUAUCACAUCAAAGCGAAACACACCUUCUUCUCGUCCAUGGCUAAGGACCCUAUCGGCUUUAUUGACAAGUGGCUCGCCUCGCAGAAGAAGGAUCUCAGUGUGAUCUUGGGUGAAUUGGAGAAGGGAGACGUCGCUGGUAUGGAGUUCGCUAAGGGCGGACCUGAAGGUGUUUGGAACUCGGAAGUGGUCAGAGAGGCCGUGAGAUACAGACUUGCGAAGACCGAGGCAGGAGGUCGUUGAUUAACUUGAAUGGAAUGGCAUAACAUAGCGCGGCGUUUAGUGGCUGGAAAUGAACUGAAUUGAGUUGGCAGAGGAUGCCACUCACAACGAGGUUGAAACCUUUAUUGAUGUAACGAAUGGAACCUCUCACAAUGGUGCUGCAAUUGAAUUGAAUAGGCCGAGGGCAACCUGUCGCAACGAUGCUGAAAUCCUUAUUAAUGUAGCAGAGGAACGCCGGUCACAACAAUGCGGAUUGCCUUGUUGAGCUUGCAGAUGGAAGUCUCUCGCAAAGGAGCUGGGACCUUUGUUGAUGUGGGAGAGGAGAGUCCCUUACAAAGAUGUACAAACCCUCAUUGAUGUCGCAGAGGGAACCAGUGGCAGGAGCUCCGACUAGAUAUAUAUGACUAUGAAGUGAUACCAAAGAACAAUCGCCUACCGCUAAAACUACCGUGAGACCAUCAAACUGUCCAG